UCCUUUCCCCCCAAAAUCGGAAUUUUCGUCCCUAAAAUCUAAAUUUUCAGGAACACCCGCCUCAUCCCCCAAAUCUUCAACUCCAAGCUCCUGCUCCUCCCUCCACCGCCUCCCCCUCCUCUCCCUCUCCAUCCUCAACCUCACCCCAGACUCCUCCCUCCACCGCCUCCCCUUCCUCUCCCUCUCCCUCCUCAUAACCGCUCCAAAGCCAAAGAGGGAGCCAAGACAAUGGAACCAGAGCCCAGCAGCGACGGCGGGGUCGCCGGGACCACCACCUCGGACUCCGACGAGCCACGUGACGCGCGUGUGUUCAGAGAGCUCCUCCGACAAGCCACGUGUCGAGUACGAGCCACAUGUCGUCCACCAGUUCCUCGAGCUCUGCUACCGCUACGUCGUCGACGUCCUCACCGACGCCCAAGUCUACUCCGAUCACGCGGGAAAACCCGUCAUGGAUCCCGAUGACGUCAAGCUCGCGAUCCAGUCCAAGUCAAUUUCUCAUUCUCUCAGCCGCCGCCUCGAGAGGGUCAAUUUAACAUUCUGGGAUGAGCUAGCUCAUGUAGCUUUUCAGCAUGUUGAGAAAGGCCAGCAAAUAUACGUUUCAGGACGUCUCGUGUCUGAUACUGUGCAGGGGGACGAUGAGAAAACACAGGUUUAUUACAAGGUAGUUGUUCAGAAGUUGAAUUUUAUUGAGAAGACCUACCCUGCAGUGUCAUUGUAUAACCCGGAGUCAAACUCAGUGAGUUCAGAGGGGAAAUUUCAAAACUAUGGGGGCAAUUCUUCUGGUUCAACUGAGAAGCUUUGGCAGGCUUUCUUUGCUAAUCCGGUUGAUUGGUGGGAUAACAGGCAGAAUAAGGCUACUCAUAUUAGCGUCGGGGUUGAUGUUUGUAUGAGUUAUGAGAGGAGACUCUACUUCAGUCUCCCAAGAGUGCAGCAUGUUCUUCAUGCCAACAGAACAAAAUUACCUUAUAGGAUGUCAAUGUGCAGUCACCGAGUAUUCCUAUUUCUUAAAUUCAUAUGA